AUGAAGUCCGCCGCAUCUGUCGUGAUUUUCGCUGUGUUUUUAUCUGGUGCGUGGUGUGCCAUGACUGGAGCGUUGAAGGACAUGGAUGUGAACGACACUGUGGUGCAAGACGCUUUAACUUUUGCUGUCAACAAGCACAACAUGGGCACAAACGACGUGUUCAGGAACGAUGUGGUCCGAGUGGUCAAGGCUCAGUCUCAGGUGGUGGCUGGCAGAAAGUUCAUUAUAACUGUUGAUAUGGCGAGAACCAACUGCAGAAAAGACCGGACCAAUGAAGUGUGUGUCGCCGAUCCCGGUGCACAGACCUACCAGUGCACAUUCACAGUGUGGAGCCGCCCCUGGCUGAAGGACAUUCAACUGACUGCCCAGACUUGCUCUUAA